ACACUACUUUAGAGGGCCUAGAAGAGCUAUUUCCUUCAAGUAAUUUUGGAUUAUUGAUUAAAAAAUUUACAAAAUCAAAGAUUAAUAUUUAUUAUUUGUUUACAAUUAGGUCAUUCUCGCCUUCUAGGCCAUCUGUCCCCAUGCGGUCCCCUGCAAUUCGCCGCGAAGCAUUACCAGCGGUCUCUCAACCCAGGCAACCUGGUCUGCUUGGACAGAUGGCUGCAACUGCUGGUGGUGUUGCUAUUGGCUCGGCCGUUGGCCAUACAGUGGGCCAUGCGCUUACUGGAGCCUUUUCUGGUAGUAGUGAAGCCUCUCAACCUCAAACUCAAUCGACACAAAGAUACGAUCAGAAUCCCUGUCAGACUCACUUAGAAGAAUUAGUGAAGUGCACUCAGACACAAAGCGAUCUAUUACUUUGCUCUGGCUUUUCGGAGGCGCUUAAGGAGUGCCGAAAACAAUACGGUACAGUAUGUAGAUCUCUCCACGGUCACAGAAAAUCGUUUUCCUCCGGUGUAGCGUAG